AUGACAUCACCACUUGGCCUCUGUCCUCCACCAUCUCAACACCUGCAAGAUCGUCUGGAAGACAACGACUUUGAACUGGAGAAGAUUGGUCCCAGGCUGGGAAGAGUCUCCACCCUGUGUAUAGAGAACUGGUGGAACGGGGAGGACGUCACCCAGGGGAUCCCGCGGGUCCCCCAGGGGAAGCUGCCCUACACCCUGAGCCUGAGUGCCACGCUGCAGUCGCCCCACGGCAUCGACCGCGUGUUCUCCAACUGCCCCCUCACCCCCCUGAGCUAUACGGCCAGGAACCGAACCACUGCCCAGGUGUCGCUGGCCCAGGCCCCACCAUGGGACCGGGACGUGGAGCUGCUGGUCUAUUAUGUGGAGCCACACAAACCCAGCGCAGUGCUGGAGGCCGGGCUGCCUGGAGCCAAGCCAGGCUCCCUGAUGGGCGACCCGGCCGUGAUGGUGACCCUGCUGCCCAGCGUGCCCGAGGCGUUGCCAGCCCAGAGCCGGGCCGGGGAGUUCAUCUUCCUGCUGGACCGCUCCGGCAGCAUGGCGUGCCCCAUGGACGGCAGAGUCCGCUCCCGCCAGCGCAUCAACAUCGCCAAGGAGACCCUGGUCCUGCUGUUGAAGAGUUUGCCUCUGGGCUGUUAUUUCAACAUCUACGGCUUUGGGUCUGAGUUUGAGUCCUUCUACCCGCAGAGCGUGGAAUAUACCCAGCAGACCAUGUCCGAGUCCCUGCAGCGCAUCCAGCUGCUCCAGGCUAACCUGGGGGGCACCAAAAUCUUGGAGCCACUACAAGCCAUUUACCGCAGCCCCUGCCGGGACGGCCACCCACGCCAGCUGUUUGUGUUUACGGAUGGGGAGGUAGGGAACACCCAGGAUAUCAUCGCAGAGGUGCAGCGUCACCGGGGGACCCACAGGUGCUUCUCCUUCGGCAUCGGGGCCGGGGCCUCCACAGCUCUGAUCAAAGGCAUCGCCCGGGCAGCAGAGGGCAGCGCCGAGUUCAUCACUAGUCAGGACCGCAUGCAGCCCAAGGUGCUGCAGUCUCUGAAGCGGGCCCUGCAACCGGCGGUGACCGGGAUCUUGCUGAGCUGGGAUCUGCCCCCUGGGAUGCAGGCGGAGCUGCUGCGCCGUGGCCCCGAGGUGAUCUUCGGUGGGCAGCGGUGCCUCGUCUACGCCCAGCUCCGCGGGCAGCCCCAGCCCCCAGACACUCCCAUGGGGGGUGUCACCCUGCAGUACCGCAUCCAGGACCAGACCUACAAGGAGACGCUGCAGUUCCCCCUGCAGCCACAGGAUGGAGACAGGCUGCCCGUUCACCGGCUGGCAGCCAAGUCGCUGCUGCUGGAGCUGGAGGGGACCAUGGGGGCCGGGUCAGAGGGGGACCGGCACCGGGCACUGGAGGCCAGCCUAAGCUCGGGGGUCAUCUGCUCCCUCACGGCUUACGUGGGGGUGGACACGGAGCGGGGGCAGCCGGUGCAGGGGCCGCUGGUGAGACGGGACGUCCCGCUGGCAGAUUUCAUCAUCGACUAUAUGGAGGUGAAUGACUGCGUCUCGAUAGGACAGGUCUCAGUAGACCAUAUUUGCGAGCGGCCGGCGAGCAUAGUGCGCAUAGACGAACCGAACCACCGCAGCAUCUUCGGGCGCCUGUCCCGUGCAUUGCAUGUGGCACGGCGGAAACCGGAGGAGUCUCCCUUGCUGAGGCUGGUGUCUCUGCAAAAUGCCGAUGGCUCGUGGGACCUGGACCCCCGGCUGGCUGCCGUGCUGGGGGUGAACGAGACCGACACCAGGAGGAUGAUACCCAGUGAGGACGUGACCCCCAGCGUCUGGGCCACGGUGCUGGCAGUGGUCUGGCUGCACACCCGGGCCGUGGGGCAGCGCGACGAGUGGGAGCUGCUGGAGGCCAAGGCUGUGGGCUGGGUGCGGGACCAAGCAGGGGCCCCGCUGAGCAAGUGCCUGGAAGCCGCCAACGCCCUGCUGGGCUGUAGCGUUAGCCCUGCUGUCUUCGGGCUCUGAGCCUCCCCGGGAUCCCCAUGCCCGCUCCCCAAACUACCCUGGGCAUUCAACCGGGAGCCCUGAGGGCCAACAGUGGGCACUGGAUGCAGACCCACAUGGCCGGCCUGUGCCCAACCCGGAGCAACCCCCCAGCUGGGAUCCCACCACUGCCACCAAUUUGGAUGCAUCUGCCUCCCGCUGGCUGAAGAGGAGCCAUGGCUGCCCCCCGGCUCCACCCCACACUGACCCACUGUUCAGUGACCCUCAUGCUGCUCACAGCCGCUGCCUCCUCUCAGCAUUGUGGGGGAGUCUUCGGGAUCGCCUGCGUCAAUGUUGCAAAUUUCUUUGCUUUUUCAAAAUGACUGAAGGGUCCCUCUAUAAACAGACCCUUUGCCCCACCCCAGAGGUGGCUGCACUGACCUCACCCUGCAUGAGCCAUCCAGUGUAAACCUAGUCACAUCUACGCGGAAUUCAGCUAUUGGACAGACAGACAGACCAACAGGAUCUUUGCUUGUCCAGACAUGACCUCAUUUUGUCAUAAUGGCAGAUUUCUCUUUGCUAGACAAUCCUGAACGCAAACAGGAGCGCAGUGAUUCACAUAAUUCUUCAUUUCCUCUCUGUCUAGGUCUGGACUAGAGCUGGUCAGACAUUUUCUAGCUGAACAGUGUUGUGUUGGCAAAUGCGAUUCCAUGGUGAAGGCUGAAAGGUGGAAGCAGGCAGCAGAUGGAGGAAGCUUGUGCCAUGCUGCAUGUUGUGAAUCUGUCCCCAUUCACCAGCUGCUGAAUUCUCUACCACAGAAGAAAUGCUUAAAAACCUGAUUAUCCAUCUUGACGGUUAAUGCUCAUGCUGUGUCCAUCCUGGGCAGCACCGGGCCCUCCUCAGGACAUCCUGGGACUCAAGCAAAUGAUGAAAGACAUCAGCUGGUUUAUUCCCUGGAAAGAAAGUGCUAUUUUUAUCAAGAAACUGCAGGAACAUAACGAAGAAGCAAACAGUUUUCCCACUUCAUGUUAACCAGCACUGACCCCCUUGGAACAGCUUUCACCCUAUGACUCUAUGCUGGGUCUCAUCCCUAUUUCAGCCUUUCUGUGUCUGAGAAGGCAACUCAACAAAUUCAAUUUACAGCACCUGGAGUCCAAUCACAGCUACCUGCCCCGCAUUCCGCAGAGACUCUAGGGAAGGAUUAAGAUACCAGGUAAUUGAUUAAUUGCCUUAAGCCCUGACGGAAUGCCGCCCUGGGACUGAGAUUUCCCCAAAGGCCAGAUGGAAUUCGGAGAUCCUAAUUCUCACUUCCCGCUAUGAAUAGUGGAACUUCGAUACCAGCGGUGAUAUCCUGGUCCCAUUGAAAUCAAAGGGUGUUUUGUCUUCGACUUCAGCAGGCACAGAAUUUCAGCCCAUAUUACUAGGCUUUUGCAAAUUUAACCCUGUGGCUGGGAUUUUGGAAGACGUGGUUGAGGCACCCAGUUCCAGGGGAUUUGGCCUCUUUGAAAAUUCCAACCUACUAUCCUGUUCCAAACCCACUGAAGUCAGAGAAAAGGCUCUUUCAGAGAGAGCUGGGGAACCAGCUUCCAUUGAAAACUCCAGCCGGAGUGAGUCUUUCCAAUGGUCUUCAGAUAAACUCCGUUGGUAGAAGCUGAUUGCCUAGCUCCCUUCGGCGCCUUUGGAUAUCCCAGUUUCCAGCUGACUCCAGUGGACUUUGAAGCAGGCCCAGUAUGGAUACCUGAGCCUUUAGCUAGAUAGAAAAUCCACACACAGAAUAACAAAAUCAUAUGAUCGUCUGUACUCACAGGUAUGUGGCCAUAAACAGCCUCACGUACUAUAGCCCACCCAGUAAUGUAUGAACCCUCCAGCCUGUAAUGUCCUGUCCGUGCCCAUCUGUUCCCAUCUAGUCCUGGGUCCUAGGUUCUCUCCUUGGUUCUGGCUGGGCUUUGCAUGCUAGCGACUAGAGCAGGGGACUGGCCCAUUGCGUUCCCGGGUUCUGUUUUGGUUCCUGGAGGCAAAUGUGGCCUAGAGGGUCAAGCAGGGGGGACUGGGACUCAGGACUGCGGUAAAAGUGUCACAAAGAAACCAUAAUAAAGACAAUUAACAGAUGUAAACACACUGAGCAUAGCAGGUGUCACCCAUCGGUCUUACAGGGCCCCAGCAGGUCAGAGUCUUUCCAGUCUUCUGCCAGCCCAGAAGGUCCUGUCCAUUCGAUGGGUCCAAGUCAGUUCAAACUCAUCCUUUCAGAGCAAAAGUCCUUUCUUUGUUUCCUGGUUUCUGGAAAAGCCAGCCUGACCCAGUCUGCAAACACCCUCUUCUCCCCCCACCCCCCUGAGGGGUGGAACUUCUCUGGAGUGGAUCAGUCUCCGGGGGAGGGGGGGAGGGGGGAGGGGGAAGGUCUACACUGCAUUAUAAACCCGGGCUUGUGGACUCGGUGUUUCCAAGUCCGUGCUUGAGUGUCCACAUUGCAUUGGAAGCCUGAGUUUACAAUGCUGGACCUGGGUCUCUCAGCCUCGUUAACAUGUCCAUACUGCACUGUGCAGACCUUCUGACUUGGGUCUGCGGAUUGACCCGCGUCCACACUGCACAAUGACAGGGCUUGGACCAGAGUCUCAGCAAGACUUGGGCUCUGACCCAUCCCCCUAGCAGCAUACUAGGACCCAGGCCCAGAGUGUUUGCUCCACUGAGUCAGACUGACCUGUGUGCAUGCAGAAAGGGGCCUUGGGCUCAGACGUGAGUCAGAGCCCGGGCAUAGGGUGCAGUGUAGACAUAGAUGGUGAGUUGCUUUGCUUUACUCCCCCCCGCCCCAUUUUUGGUUCCUGGAGGAGCUGGUGUAACCCUCCCCCCCUGGAGUUAUGUACAAUUCCUGGCCCACAGCGAUACAUAAACUUAAUACAGUGUGGACCCCAAAAUAUUGAUGGGGUGCGAUAUCUAAGACUGGCCUGCAGAGAGCAUCCCAGUGAUGCACUGGAUUGGGGAACAUGGGUGCUGGGUUCAAUUCUCAGCUCUAUCACCGAAUCAUAGCGUGACCUUGGGUAAGUCACUUCAUUGCUUUGUGCCUCCGUUUCCCCUUUGGAAAAUAGGGAUGAUGAUGAUGAUGAUAAUCCCACUUCCAGAGGUGCUAUGAGAAUAACUCGAAAAGUACUUGGGAGUCAAAUACAACAGUGCUGGGUGCGGUAUAAUACCUAGAUACAUGAAGAGUAACAUCUUGGUCAGUUACUGAACCAGAAAUAGUUAUGAACAAGAAACUUCACUUAUCAAAUGUAUAUUUCACAACUCCUCUUGGAAUAAAUAAUUUAAUCUUUGAGUCAGCUAGAGUAAACCUAGACCAUCCCUGACAGGUGUUUGUCCAACCUGGUUUUAAAAACCUCCAGUGAUGGGGAUUCCA